CAGGGCGUAUCUUGCUGCCCAAAAUGUAUCAACAUGCCACAACCUAAGGGACAGUGAAUAUUGAUCUGCUAUCAUAAUGUUCUGAAAUUCAGUUCAGCUCCCAUGUGACUGGGAGAAUGGAGAAAUUCUUCAAGGACCCGCUGACAUUUGAUCCAGACAGAUUUCACCCAGAUGCUCCCACGCCGUAUUAUUGCUGCUUCCCCUUUGCACUCGGCCCACGCUCAUGCCUAGGACAGAACUUUGCUCAGAUGGAGGCUAAAGUGGUGAUGGCCAAGCUGCUCCAGAGGUUUGACUUCGCCCUUGUGCCGGGACAGACCUUUGAUAUAGAGGACACUGGCACACUCAGGCCAAAGAGUGGCGUGGUGUGCUCUGUCAGACACAGAGAUCAAAACAAGUAAAUGGUCUUACAGGGCCGUAUAAACAUGAGAAGAAACAAAAAUGGUUCACGUGGUGUGUAUGGGUUUUUGGGU